UUAAUUAACGGUUACUGUAAAAGAUGUAUACAAUGAUAGUUUGUUUGUGUUUCACUGAAAUGAGAGGGACUUUGUGUAGCACGCGGUUAACGGUGGCAUUUAUAGUAAAACAAAGGUGCAGAGGUAGCUAAAGUUAGCUUUAACUUCUAAAUACACCCGAGCUGUAGCUAAGCCAUUCAGUGUACGUAGUUUGAAUCCGAUCAGCAACUUUAGAAAGGACAAGUAUUUGUACUGUUAGUGAUGUUACAAGACGAUUUAUACUUGAAUCCUACAGCUGUAAAGAAACGUUUAAUCGCCUCUUAUCGCGAUGUUUCAUUUCUCUCGCGUUAUUUGAGUCAAGUGUUUGUCCAAGCUGCUGUUUGGUUUUCAUCUCUUAUGCUGUCAAACAAACGGCAUGAAAUCCGAUAUAAGGUGUAAUAUUUUAAAUGCUUUUUCCUUUUUACAGGGUUUUAAGACAAAGACGGGUUUGUUUUCAUCUGAUUCACCAGGACGUUAGGAGUGCACAUGGAUGGGCCGGUCAUUUGUGAGGUGUGCGGAGCCUACUUUGAGACCCGGCGGGGCCUCUCCAGCCAUGCUCGCCUCCAUCUCCGCCAGCUGGGUAUGACUGUGCCAGAAAACAGCGGCUCUCCCAUAGAGCUGCUCUACCAGCUCAUCCAGGUGAACGACAGCUCCAUCACAGAGUCUAAAUCAGACACUUCUACACCUGCCUCUACAUCUGCCCAAAAAACACUCCAGCUGGAGGCUAAACCGCAGGAAGUCCAAGAGGACGCAAAUGCCUCUGGCAAGACGCCAGUGGGAGUUAAGACAACGCUACACAAGGCUGAACAUCCAGGAUCUCCAUCCAGAGCGAAGGAACAGGGAGCGUCUCUUCCACCCCCGUCUCCCUCUGCUCUUAGGCCGACUGAAGGCAGCAGCUCGUCGGUCUCAGAGCACCAAACUGUUGCCAAGCCGCUGUGGGCACCUUUGGAUACCGAUGCUCCCAUCCGUUUAGCUUCAGACAACAAGGAUGAGGUUCACGUGUGCCAGCUGUGUGGUUGCUGGUACGAGACACGCAAGGGUCUGUCUAGUCACGCUCGGACCCACCUCCGGCAGAUCGGAAUCGCUGACAGCGAGAUCAAGGGAGGAUCAAUCGAAUAUCUCUACCAGAUCAUGGAGGAGCAGGACCUGAAGCCCCUCAGCGCCCAGCAGCAGGAGGAGCGCACGCCAAGCACUCCUCCUCGCUCUUCCCCCAAACGUCCGCCGGAUCUGCCCUCCCCUCUUCGGUCUCCCCCCAACAAACGACCCAAAGGUCCUGUGAACUGUACCUGUGUUCUGUGCGGGGAGAAGUUUGAAAACAGAAAAGGUCUGGGCAGCCACGCUCGCUCCCACCUGCGCCACAUCGGAGUGAGCGACCUAGUGGGGAAAAGAUCAGCGAUUGACGCUGUGGAGCAGCUGGUCAGCAGCGGCAUGUUGGAGCCCUUACAUCUGCCCAAACAAAAAAGUACAACCAGCCCAUCCGCAGCUCCGUCUUCAGCGCCAGCCUCUCCCACAGUCCCUGCCUCGUCUCAAGGUGCAAACCAAUCCAGGUCCCCGUUUUCCCUCUCGUGUCUCUCCUCGAGCCCUUCCACGAGUUCUCAUUCGCCCCAGCGACUGUUCAGCAAGGCGCCAAAGGCUAAGAAAGGGUUUCGGCUGGCGGUGGACCCCCUUCUUAAAAAACCCAAGCCUGAGCCUCUUGAGACGGAUAUUUCAGUUCAACCAAAGCCAUCCGGCACCAACUCCAACUCUGCUAUGCAGAAAUCUACCGCCAUCACUUCCGCAAAGUCUUCUGACUUGGAUGUCCAGUCUCCUCCAUCCGUCCUUUGUGACUUCUGCGGCCAGCUGUUCGACACCCGCAAGGCUCUGUCCUGCCACGCUCGCGCCCACCUGCGGCAGCUCGGCCUCACCUGGUCGAUCCGAACGUCUCCACUGGACCUCCUCACAGAGGUCAUGCUGCAGGGCGAAGAGAGGAAAGACGCUCCUCGCGACCUGGGAAAGCACGGCAAAGCGACCUGGAGUCCUCAAGGCACCAGGAGGUCCCGGGACAGCCUCCCAUCCAGGGAAGGCGCCCCCAACUCCAGCGCAGUGCCAGUUGAUUAUUCAAUGAAAGAUAAAUCUCCUGCAAAAUCUGCAGUUGUUGCGGACACUUCCUGUGAGCUUUGUGGAUUUGACUUUGAAAACCGCAAAGCUCUGGCCAGUCACGCUCGUGCCCAUCUCCGUCAGCUGGGCAUCUAUGAAUGGAAGGUGGACGGGGCCACGUCACCCAUCGAGCUCCUCAGCGAUCUGAUCCGAAAAGAUCCAAACAGGGUGGCCCAGAUAACCAAGCGCUAUCGCUAUGGAGAUCUCUACAUUAAGAAGUCCCAGAGAUCUGCUGGUUUACACGCCGGAUCAGCAGAUCCCCGUGCCGUGGCCCCCGGCAGCAGCCAGAAGCCGCCUCUGCAGCAUCAUGAGCACAAGUCGAGCAGGAUGGACCACAGCGCGCGAACGUCACGGGGGGUUCAUGCACCGAAACAUGGAGUAUCGUCAGGGGAAGAGAGUCGGGGUGACAAAUCCCAUCAGCCAUCAAGGUCUGGCAGCAUCCCAGCACUGCUGCCCAAACCUCCCCUAACGCCACUGGUCAAACUGGUGGGUAAGAUCUACUCCCUCAAGUGCAGGUUCUGUGAAGAAGUGUUUCACGGGCCUCUGUCCGUCCAGGAGCAGUGGAUCUCUCACCUGCAGAAACACAUCCUGUCUCUGGGAUACAAAGGAAAAGAAGCUCCUCCCCCUGCACCUCCUGUUCCUCCCGAUUCUCCUGUUCCUCCUGCUGCCCCCGAUGCUCCUGCAGCUCCAGCACUCGUCCAUCCCGUUGCUGUUUAGGUUCACCCUGAAGAAGAGACGUCUGUCUGGGAUUUUCCAGUUUUAUCCCUUGGAGGGCAACCCCGAGCCGCGGUCCCAGAACAGCUCGGUUGAAUCCGCUCAGGAAAAUCUGUUUUUUACCGACAAAUAUGUCCUCCUGCUCUUCUGUUUGUUCCAUUCGAAUGUGAUUUAGGUUGUUUCUGUCGGUGUGAAAUUUCAAAAACAAAUGAAUUUUUCACGCUCCUGACUAAUCAUUUCACUUACAUAACCUUCAAGUGUAACUUUAACCUUCCUGAUUGAGUCAUUUUACAUGUUGUUCCGUUUCUGCUCUGAUAACUCACGUUUAUUAUUGUUGUUUUGCUUUUUAACCCAAAUGUUUGCCAACAAAGAAUGAUGCCAUGUAAAAAUGUUCUUAUACAGCUUUUUAUUUGUUUUGGUCAAUUUCUAAAAGACACACAAACAAAUCGAACACGUUAUUUUGGUAUUUUGCGACUGAAAACUUUCACCAGCGGGUCCUCAGCAGUCUCGGCUGUUUUUGGGACUGUCGUCACGGUAACACUUAUACCAACCCUUUCUGUGUCUGAUUUCUUGUUAAAGUUGUUCAGAAGAAACUAAAAACAUCGUCUGACAUUCCUUUAUCGUCUAUAACUGAAAGAAUUGUUUGGAGGAAACGUUUUGAUCCGUUUGUCUCCAUCACAGCUUUGUUGAGACCGCUGCUGCUGGUUGAAACUCUCAUAAAAUAACUACAACCAACAUAAAUAUUCUUCAUUCCCGUUCGACUCUGGUUCUGAGUUUUUUAGACACGGGUCUGACCGAACUCUAAAAGUUAAUCCAGGUGUUUAUCAUGUUUUUUCUCUUUAUGGACUGAUGCUCCUAAUAAAUGUUGGGAGCAGAAGGAACAGAACUGAGACGUGAUUUAAGGUUUCCAUGAAGUGUAAUGUCAUUUUUUUCCCGUCUCUGGGUGAUUUACUGCCCGUGGCGGUCGGACCGCCUCCAGCCUCUGAUGGGUUAUUCUGCUGCGUGCCGCUCCAAUGGCCGCCCAUCACGUGGAAGCUUUCCUGCCUGACAGGACCCGACCGAGCUCCUGGCUGAUCUAAGACGGCCGCUGGAGCUAAAGGCUGUAAUUUCAAAUCGUUAUUGAACCGAGAUUUCAAAUUAGAAGCCCGUCUGUCUUUCCGAGCUGUCGCUUUUCAACGAGUUGGCAGGAAAAUUACAGGUUUUAUAACCGUUAUGGAUUUAUUAGGGUUUUAGUUUUCAUAAAGGAGCUGGACAGUGGAGAGGCUGGAACAGUUGGACGGGUCUUGUCGACCUUUAUGAGGCUUAACUUAAAAAAGAACAGGAGCUGGUGAUGAUGGGAUUUUAAAGAGUCAAAGGAAAGCCUCUCUUAAAAUCCCAAAACAAUGAAUCGGUUCAGUGUCGCCUUUUAAACAAAAUUUAUUUUUCCAAAAUCUGAUUCUGUUCUUGUUUCAUGCAACUUUUUGUAUUUUGCUCUCUGGACUUGUAUAAAGGUUUAUUUUAUACAAAAUAUUAAAUCUUUACAUUUGACUUUGUGUGGCUGUAAUCAAAAAUAAUGUUUGUGUUUGAUCUCUGCAACAGUGGAGGAGGAGGAGCUUGGAGUAGAGCCGCUGCUCCUCCACAUCAAGAGGAGCCAGCUGAGGUGGCUGGGGCAUCUGGUUAGGAUGCCUCCUGGUGAGGUUUUCUAGGCACGUUCAAAAAUGUUAAAGUAAAAUAUGAUGUCAAAAGCUUAAAUAAAUCAAAGAAACAAACUUA